AUUUCUGGUUAUGGGAAAAGGCAGAAAAAGUAGUGAUGGGGAAGUGGGAGCUCAGAGUUUCUAACAAAAAAGCGAACUGUUAGUAGUUGAGUUCAAAUUAAUGCCAAGCCAAAAGGUGUUUGAUGGGGCAUAUAAAUACCUGUGGGUGUGCCUAAAGCUCUUCAUCCAUUGCCCUCCACAAUCAUGGCAACUGGCUGCAACAGAGUGACUCUGUUAUCCUUGUUCUGCUUUUAUGUUCUUGUGUUCAGUGUGGUUGCCAAGGAAGUUAGUAAUGGGGAGGAAGAGAAGUUUCUGUUCUUUGGCAAGAGUGGUGGAUUAGGGGUUGGGUUUGGUGGUGGAAGUGGAUUUGGAGGCGGAUUUGGAGGAGGAGGAGGAGGUGGAGGUGGCGGCGGCGGCGGCGGCGGCGGUGGUUUUGGAGGUGGAAGUGGAAUUGGGGGUGGAGCUGGAGGUGGCGUAGGAGGAGGCGCUGGCUUUGGCAAGGGUGGCGGACUAGGUGGUGGUGCUGGUGGCGGGUUUGGUAAAGGUGGUGGUCUAGGCGGUGGCAUUGGUAAGGGUGGAGGCCUAGGUGGUGGUGCUGGUGGUGGAGUAGGCGGUGGCAUUGGCAAGGGUGGAGGCCUAGGUGGUGGAUACGGUAAGGGAGGAGGGCUUGGUGGUGGCAUUGGCAAAGGUGGAGGACUUGGUGGUGGCGCUGGAGGAGGUUAUGGUAAGGGUGGAGGACUUGGUGGUGGCAUUGGGAAGGGUGGAGGAUUCGGUAAGGGAGGAGGCCUUGGUGGUGGAGUAGGAGGCGGUGUUGGGGGAGGGAUCGGUAAAGGUGGUGGACUUGGCGGUGGAAUUGGUAAGGGAGGAGGCUUAGGAGGUGGUGCCGGUGGAGGGUAUGGUAAGGGUGGUGGACUGGGCGGUGGAAUUGGUAAGGGAGGAGGCUUAGGAGGCGGUGCCGGUGGAGGGUUUGGCAAGGGUGGAGGACUGGGCGGUGGAAUUGGUAAAGGAGGAGGCUUAGGUGGUGGUGCCGGUGGAGGGUUUGGCAAGGGUGGUGGACUGGGCGGUGGAAUUGGCAAAGGAGGAGGCUUAGGUGGUGGUGCCGGUGGAGGGUUUGGCAAGGGUGGUGGACUUGGCGGUGGCAUUGGAAAGGGUGGAGGCCUAGGUGGUGGAGUAGGAGGUGGUAAUGGUGGAGGCCUUGGUGGUGGUGCUGGAGGAGGGUUCGGUAAGGGCGGUGGACUUGGUGGUGGCAUAGGGAGUGGUGGAGGUGGAGGAGGAGGAGGAGGAGGAGGAGGUUUUGGUGGUGGCUUUGGAAAGGGCGGAGGUUUUGGUGGUGGCUUUGGAAAAGGCGGAGGUUUUGGAGGUGGCUCAGGUGGUGGAUUUGGAGGUGGGUUCGGUGGCGGCGGCGGAGGCGGAGUCGGAGGGGGCUUCGGCGGUGGCUCUGGCUUUGGUGGAGGUGGUGGCGGAGGAAUUGGACACCACUAAGCUUUUUACUUCGCAUCAUAUAUCAUACCAUAUAAUAUAAUAUGCACUAUGAAAUUGUUUUCAUGCAUUAGAUUACGUCAAUAUUUAUCAUCAAUAUUGUUAUGUUAUUCUAUUUCUUUUCUCUUCAUCGAAUACAAAUUAUAUAAAUCCACACUCAGCAUUGUA